AUGACCUUCCAGUGGAAUUGUGCUACCACGGGCAGUAGUCUCUUCCCUGAAACCCUGGUGCUAAAAAGCGGCACCACAGGCACCAACCACAGGCUCAACCAGCCUGUUCCCUGCCAGUCCCCCACAGAAGACCACCCUAAACCCACUCCCCUGGACACGGCCAGCACCUUCAAACCUCAGGAUUCGUGUAACUCAGUAGCAGCCAGCAGCCCUCACAGCUGCCGCUGUCUGAACCUGGGACCAGAGGGUGCGGCCCAGGACCUCCCCCCACCAGUCAAAGUGAAUAUCCGGAUUGGGGGCAUCUCCCCUAACAAUGUAGGCGUGCACACAGGCACAUUAUGUGUGGGUGUCUGUCAGUUCUCCAGUAACCCGUGGGGAGAUGUAGCCUUCAGGAUUGUCUGGGAACACAAGUCUUCCCACAAGUGCCUCCCAGAGCUGCAGCUUCAGCUAGCAAUCGUUGAGACACCAGAAUUAAACCCGAAGGCCCUGAGGACCGGCUUGGGACCGCGAUCGCCUUCCUUGCCGCCGCGCCUUGGACCCAUGGACACCUUGUGCGGCUCCGGGGAGCUCGGCUCCAAGUUCUGGGACUCCAAUCUGUCCGUGUACACAGACAACCCCGACCUCACUUCGUGCUUCCAGAACUCCCUGCUGGCCUGGAUUCCCUGCAUCUACCUGUGGGCCGCCCUGCCCUGCUACCUGUUCUACCUUCAGCACCGCCACCAAGGCUACAUCGUCCUCUCCCACCUCUCCAGGCUCAAGACGGCCCUGGGCGUUCUGCUGUGGUGCAUCUCCUGGGCUGACCUCUUCUACUCCUUCCAUGGCCUGGUCCACGGCUGGGCCCCUGCCCCCAUCUUCGUUGUCACCCCCUUGGUGGUGGGGGUCACCAUGCUGCUGGCCACGUUGCUGAUCCAGUACGAGCGGCUGCGGGGGGUGCAGUCCUCGGGGGUCCUCAUCAUCUUCUGGUUCCUGUGUGUGGUCUGUGCUGUCAUCCCCUUCCGCUCCAAGAUCCUUUCAGCUGUGGCAAAGGGCAAGAUCUUGGACCCCUUCCGCUUCACCACCUUCUACAUCUACUUUGCCCUGGUGCUCUUUGCCUUCAUCCUGUCCUGCUUCAAGGAGAAGCCACCGUUGUUCUCCCCAAAGAAUGUUGACCCUAACCCCUGCCCAGAGGCUGACGCCGGCUUCCUCUCCCGCCUGUCCUUCUGGUGGUUCACAAAGUUGGCCAUCCUCGGCUACCGGCGCCCCCUGGAAGAGCAAGACCUCUGGUCCCUGAACGAGGAGAACCGCUGCGAGAUGGUGGUGCAGAGGCUGCUGGAGGCCUGGAAGAAGCAGCAAAAGCAGGCAGCAGGACACAGGGCCACGGCGGCAGCCGGGAAGACAGUCUCCACGGAGAGUGAGGAGCUGCUGGGACGCCGGCGCCGGCCCCGGGAGCCCUCCUUCCUGCAGGCCCUGCUGGCCACCUUUGGCCCCGGCUUCCUCAUCAGCACAUGCUUCAUGUUGGUCCAGAGCAUGCUCGCCUUUAUCAACCCACAGCUGCUCAGCAUCCUGAUCAGAUUUAUUUCAAACCCCACGGCCCCCACGUGGUGGGGCAUCCUGGUAGCUGUGCUGAUGUUCGUGUGCUCCGUGAUACAGACUCUGAUCAUGCAGCAGUGUUUCCAAUACAUCUUUGUGAUAGGGUUGAGGCUCCGUACGGGGAUCAUAGGUGUCAUCUACAGGAAGGCUCUGGUCAUCACCAAUUCAGUCAGACGUGAGUCCACCGUGGGGGAAAUGGUCAACCUCAUAUCAGUGGAUGCCCAGCACUUCAUGGACCUUGUCACCUUCCUCCAUCUGCUGUGGUCAGGACCUCUGCAGAUCAUCCUGGCCAUCUACUUCCUCUGGCAGAACCUAGGUCCCUCCAUUCUGGCUGGAGUUGCUCUCCUGGUCCUGCUGAUCCCAUUCAAUGGACUUCUGGCCAAAAAGACACGUGAUUUAGAGGUAGAACAAAUGAAGUGCAAGGACUUGCGCAUCAAGCUGAUGAGCGAGAUCCUGGGUGGCAUCAAGGUGCUGAAGCUGUACGCCUGGGAGCCCAGCCUCUUGAAGCAGGUGGAGGGCAUCCGGCAGAGCGAGCUCCGGCUGCUGCGCCGUGCUUACUACCUCUAUGCCAUAUCCGUCUUCAUCUGGAUCUGCACCCCCUUCCUGGUGACCCUCAUCACCCUCGGGGUGUAUGUGUCUGUGGACCCGAACAAUGUGCUGGAUGCUGAGAAGGCCUUUGUGUCUGUGUCCCUGUUCAAUAUCUUAAAGAACCCCCUCGGCUCACUGUCCCAAUUAAUCAGCGGUCUGACUCAGACCAGCGUGUCUCUGAAGCGGAUCCAGCAUUUCCUGAGCCAAGAUGAACUUGACCCCCAGUGUGUAGAGAGAAAGACCAUCACCCCAGGCUACGCGGUCAUCAUAGACAACGGCACCUUCACUUGGGCCCAGGACCUGCCCCCAACCCUGCGCAGCUUAAACAUCCAGGUACCAAAAGGGGCACUGGUGGCUGUGGUAGGGCCUGUGGGCUGUGGAAAGUCCUCCCUGGUGUCUGCCCUUCUGGGAGAGAUGGAGAAGCUGGAAGGCAAGGUGUAUGUGAAGGGCUCCGUGGCCUACGUGCCCCAGCAGGCCUGGAUACAGAACUGCACUCUUCAGGGAAAUGUGCUCUUUGGCCGAGCUCUGGACCCCAAGCGCUACCAGCGGGCCCUGGAGGCCUGUGCCCUGCUAGCUGACCUGGAUGUGCUGCCUGGUGGGGACAAGACAGAGAUCGGAGAGAAGGGCAUUAACUUAUCUGGGGGCCAGCGGCAGCGGGUCAGUCUGGCCCGAGCUGUUUAUAGUGAUGCCGACGUUUUUUUGCUGGAUGACCCAUUGUCCGCUGUGGACUCCCAUGUGGCCAAGCACAUCUUUGACCAAGUCAUUGGACCAGAAGGUGUGCUGGCAAGUAAGACACGGGUGCUGGUGACACACAGCAUCAGCUUCCUGCCUCAGAUGGACUUCAUCAUAGUGCUAGCCAAUGGACAGGUGUCUGAGGUGGGCACCUACCCAGCCCUCCUGCAGCGCAGCGGCUCCUUUGCCAACUUCCUCCACAACUAUGCACCUGAUAAGGGUGCAGACCCCCCAGAGGAGGACAGCAGCAUCGCAGCCUUGAACAAUCCAGAGGAUGAGGAGGUGCCGUUGAUUGAAGACACACUCAGCAGCCACACAGACUUGGUGGAUAAUGAACCAGUCAUGUACGAGGUCCAGAAACAGUUCACAAGACAGCUGAGUGCCAUGUCCUUGGACAGGGAAGGCCCAGGUCAGGCUGGGCCCCGGAAGCAUCUGGAUCCGGCAGAAAAGGUAGUGCAGGCAGUGGAGGUGAAGGCAAAUGAGACGCUGAUUGAGGAGGAGAAGGUGGGGAAGGGCAAGGUGAAGCUCAGCGUGUUCUGGGAUUAUGCCAAGGCUAUGGGGCUCUCUACCACACUGGUCAUGUGUCUGCUGUAUGCGGGUCAAAGUGCAACUGCCGUUGGAGUCGACGUAUGGCUCAGUGACUGGACCAACAAGGCUGUGGUGGGUGGCCAACAGAACCACACCUCCCAUAGGCUCAGUGUCUACGCCACCUUGGGAAUUCUGCAAGGGCUCCUGGUGGUGCUGUCGUCCAUCGCGGUGACGGUGGGCAGCCUUCGGGCUGCCCGCUUGCUUCACCAGGCGCUGCUGCACAACAAGAUGCGCUCGCCACAGUCCUUCUUUGACACGACACCCUCAGGCCGUAUCCUUAACCACUUCUCCAAGGACAUCGACAUCAUCGAUGAGGUUCUGGGCCCCACCAUCCUCAUGCUGCUGAAUUCCUUCAGCACCUCCAUCUCCACCCUCAUGGUCAUCGUGGUCAGCACGCCCAUCUUCGCCGUGGUCAUCCUGCCCCUGGCUGUCUUCUACAUGUUUGCACAGCGCUUCUAUGUGGCCACAUCACGACAACUGAAGCGGCUGGAAUCUGUCAGCCGCUCGCCCAUUUAUUCCCACUUUUCGGAGUCGGUGACUGGCUCCAGCAUCAUCCGGGCCUAUGGUCGCAGCCGUGACUUUGAGGCCCUCAGUGAUGCUAAGGUGGACACCAACCUGAGGAGCGCCUACCCCAACAUCUUCUCCAACAGGUGGCUGGGGGUCCGAGUGGAAUUCUUGGGGAACUGUGUUGUGCUCUUUGCUGCGCUGUUCGCCGUGAUUGGGAGAAGCAGCCUGAGUGCAGGAAUGGCGGGCCUUUCUGUGUCCAAUGCCCUACAGGUGACAUUUUCUCUGAACUGGAUUUUACGAAUGUUAUCAGACCUGGAGUCUAAUAUUGUGGCUGUGGAGAGAGUCAAGGAGUACUCUAAGACGGAAACUGAGGCCCCCUGGGUGGUAGAGGGCAGCCGCCCUCCUGCGGGCUGGCCCAUGCAGGGCGAGGUGGAGUUCAGGAAUUACUCUGCACGCUACCGGCCAGGCCUGGAUCUGGUGCUGAAGGAUCUGAGUCUGCGCGUGCACGGUGGCGAGAAGGUGGGAAUCGUGGGCCGCACCGGGGCUGGCAAAUCGUCCAUGACUCUCUGCCUGUUCCGCAUCCUGGAGGCCGCAGAGGGUGAAAUCCGCAUUGACGGCCUCAAUAUAGCAGACAUCGGACUCCAUGACCUGCGUUCCCGGCUGACGAUCAUCCCCCAGGACCCCGUUCUGUUCUCGGGCACCCUGCGUAUGAACCUAGACCCCUUUGGCAAUUACUCCGAGGAAGACAUAUGGCGGGCCUUGGAGCUGUCCCAUCUGCACACAUUUGUGAACUCCCAGCCAGCGGGCCUGGACUUCGAGUGCUCCGAGGGAGGGGAGAAUCUCAGUGUGGGUCAGCGGCAGCUCGUGUGCCUGGCCCGGGCCCUUCUCCGCAAGAGCCGGAUCCUGGUUUUAGACGAGGCCACGGCCGCCAUUGACCUGGAGACUGACGACUUCAUCCAGGCUACCAUCCGCACGCAGUUUGAGACCUGCACGGUGCUGACCAUCGCGCAUCGGCUCAACACCAUCAUGGACUACACCAGGGUCCUGGUCCUGGACAAAGGGACAAUAGCUGAAUUUGAUUCUCCAACCAACCUUAUAGCAGCCAGAGGCAUCUUCUACGGGAUGGCAAGAGACGCUGGACUUGCCUGAAAUAUAUUCCUGGGAUUUCCUCCUGGCCAUUCUCGAUUUUCUUCAGAAACGGAAAGGACACCAACUACGUCUGCAGAAUGGACUUGAUAGCAAUUGCUGGGGACAGUUGCUAGAUUUUUGCCCCUGUGAAGCACUUUACAGGAUAAUCAUGCUACAUGCUCCAGAUGAGAAAGCGAGGCCCCAGAGGAGCCCGGCAUGCCCAAGGUCAGACGGUUUGCGGCAGAGCCCAGACUAGUCCCGGGCCUCCUGAUUCCCAGUCUCGUGUUAUUUUCCCACUAUACGGCUUGCAGAAAUUUCAUGGAAUGACCUCCAUAUCCCUGUAUGAUUUUUCAUAUUCUCUAUUCUAAAGGUUUGUUUUUUGGGUUUCUUUUUUUUAAAUUAAGCUUUUUCCUCCUGGAACAGAAGAUUGCCGGGUCAGUCCGUCCCUAGGAACCAAGUCCUGUACUCGGGUGUGCUGG